AUGGAUAUAAUCGCCUCAAUUCGCCAUCCGUACAAAAACCCACUUUCGAACCCUGCGCUGAUUUCACCUCCACCGCGAGCAUCCAUGGCCGUCGAUUUUAACACCGCCCAUUUCCCAUAUUAUCCCCGCCCCUUUCCAAGAGUUCCGAAGAGGCCCUCCAUUGCCUAUGCGAGGAAGAAAAACGCGCAGCGUGAGCCAGUUGUGGGCCCUCCCGUUGUCGAGGAAGCGACCGCGGUUGACGAGGACUUUCAAGAUGACAUUUUUCUCGAGGAUUUUGAAGAUGAUGAACUGGUAGACGAUGAUGGUGACUUUGAGGAUGAAUAUUUAGCAGAAGAGGCUGAACCUUCAGUAGGAGAUGGAGCUGGAGGUGGUGGCAUAUCUCUAGCUGGGAUGAGCUGGGAUCAAAGAGCUUUAGAUAUUGCUCAAGAAGUUACAGUCUCAUUUGAUGGCGAACUUGGUAUAUAUGCCUUUAGGACACUGCUAAAUGCCUCCAUUCAAGUUCGUAUAGAGAGGCUUACUAAUAAGUCAGGCUCCCCUAAUAUGGCAGACAUUGAAGAAUUCGCUACAAGAUACCAAGCUCAGCUUGAUGAAGCUGAAGCUAAUGGAUCCAUUCCUGUAAACAUAUAUCUCGAGCUAACGAGCUCCUCUUUCUAUUAA